UGUCUGGACUCCAGGUUCUAUGGUAAACAGUGUCAAGAUGACUGUCCAGACACCUGUCUCAACUCUCGCUGUCAGUUUAACUACACCCGUGUUGUGUGUACAGAGGGAUGUGUUGCCGGCAAGAAGGGAGAUAGCUGUGGUGUAAACUGUGCUACAGCCUGUACACAGUGUGAACGUUAUGGUGAUGGUUGUACAGGACCGUGUCAGAAUCCCCAGUAUUACGGUCAACACUGUAGAACACCUUGUCCCUCCAACUGUAGAGGAGGAUGUAAUAGGAUCACAGGGGAUUGUGACAGCUGUAAGCCGGGGUACACAGGGGACAAGUGUGAUGUUACCUGUCCCCCCAACUGUAGAGGUGGAUGUGAUAAAGACACAGGGGAGUGUGGCAGCUGUGAGCCGGGGUACACAGGGGACAAGUGUGAUGUUACCUGUCCCCCCAACUGUAGAGGUGGAUGUGAUAAAGACACAGGGGAGUGUGGCAGCUGUGAGCCGGGGUACACAGGGGACAAGUGUGAUGUUACCUGUCCCCCAACUGUAGAGGUGGAUGUGAUAAAGACACAGGGGAGUGUGGCAGCUGUGAGCCGGGGUACACAGGGGACAAGUGUGAUGUUACCUGUCCCCCCAACUGUAGAGGUGGAUGUAAUUGGAUCACAGGGGAGUGUGACAACUGUGAGCCGGGAUACAGAGGGAAGCACUGUAACAUUACCUGUCCCUCCAACUGUCGAGACUGUGACAGGGAAACAGGCGAGUGUAUACACUGUGUUGAAGGGUACAGAGGGGACCACUGUGACAGCUGUGAACCAGAUUAUAUAGGGGACUACUGUAACAUUACCUGUCCCUCCAACUGUAGA